AUGGCAUCGAUGCGACCAACUAUGAACGAAGGAUCAUUGGCACUCCUAAAUAAGAUGAGAAUCGUACUCAACCCUGAGGUCUUGAAUAGGAUGGGAAUUGUAUUCAACCGCGAAGUCUUGGGCCACUUCGGUCUGAUCCAUGGUCUGACUACAUUAGUGUCAUUCACCGUCUUGGCACAAAUCGCCCGUCUAGCUCUCUCGAAGCUGCGUGAUUAUCCCGGGCCCUUCUGGGCUAAGAUGUCGUCCCUGUGGCUGGCCAGACAAUGCCGCUAUACGCGCCGCUCAGCCGCCGUCAUGGAGCAGCACGAGAAGUACGGCGAUUUCGUUCGGAUCGCUCCGAACCACAUUUCCAUCAACUCCGCAGAAGCCGUUGCCCAAAUCUACGGCCACAAGACGGGCUUCACGAAGAGCGACUUCUACGACGCGUUCUUGCAGGUGAGACCGGUCAUCUUCAACGCGCGCGACGUCGCCCAGCACACUAGAAAGAGGAAGUAUAUGAACCCGGCGUUUUCAGCGCGCGCCCUGUCCGACUUUGAGCCUCAGAUGAAUAUAGAAUUGUUAGCUUGGAAGCGUCAGCUACGUCAGAUUCAUGAUGAGGAACAGGGUUGCCUUGACAUGGUUGUGUGGACCAACUAUCUUGCAUUUGAUGUUAUCGGCAGUUUCGCAUUCGGCAAGUCGUUUGGGUUCAUCGAGAAGGGCUACGAUCAAUAUAACCUUAUCCACACCAUCGACAUGCGCGGAGAGGUCCUCAACGCCCUCGGAACUCUAUCCGCCUGGAUGAGACCUUUCGUAAGGUACAACUUCUUCGAUUCGUUCUGGAGUUCAGGUCUGAGAGCCACAGCCAACCUGGAAAAAAUUGGUCGUGAGGCAUACGUCCGACGCAAGGAGUCCACCGAGGAACGCCGAGACGCCAUGAGCUACCUCUUCGCGGCCGCAGACCCCAAGAACAAGGAACCGAUACAAGAGGCUGAAAUCAUCGCAGAGUCUAUCAGCUUCAUCGUUGGAGGCAGCGACACAACCAGCAGCACUAUGACCAACUUUAUCGACUUUGUCUCUCGGGACCGGGCAAUACAGGUGCGGAUCCAGCAGGAGCUUGAUGAGUCGUGGCCGGGCGAACAGGACGAUGACUGGGUUCCGGAAGAGCAUCUUGUGGUCAAACUACCUUUCUUGGUCGCUGUUCUCCGAGAGGUGAUGCGAUUCCGGCCGACAAGCGCAACUGGCCUGGAACGUAUAACGCCAAAGGGAGGAAAAGUGAUUGCUGGAAAGUUUAUACCCGAAAAUGACGAAAGUGAGCACUUCGCCAUCCUGCGUAUCAGAAACAUUUAA